AUGGCCUUCCUCCAGCGCGAUACGAACGCACCAAGUUCCAGCGGCCCGUCAGAGAAGCCCCCAAAUCAGAUUCCGGCCGCCUCAAUCGCGCCACCCACCUCACCCUCCGCAUCACACGACUCCUCGCUCUUCUCGGUCCGCUCGCGAAGACAGCUCUCGCUCUUCUUCGCCGGCGCGACUUUCAUGACGCUCUCCAUUCUGACCACCCGCCGUGCCCUCGUCCGCAAACACACCUCUACACUGCCGCGCUUCUACCAGCCCUCGAAUCGGCCUUCCAACCCCGUGAAUGGGCCUCUCGAGGCUGUGGAAGCGCUAAGUCUGGCCACAGUCAACGUGCUCAGCUUCGGCAUGAUGAUGACGGGCGGGGCGCUGUGGGCGUUCGAUAUUAGCAGCAUGGAGGAGAUGCGGGCAAAGAUUCGGGCGGGCGUGCUAGGGGUCGAUGCGGAUGCUGGGAAGGCUGCGAGGGAGGCGGAGGAGGAGAUGGAGGAGUGGUUGGCGACGGUGUUGGCGAGGAAGGAGGACAAGGAGAAGAGGCGGAAAGAGGACGUGGUCAAGCGACGGGGAGAGGAUGAGUAG